AUGGCGGCGAUGCAUUCGUGGUCCAGGGACCUCACAAGCGGCGAGUCCACGAGGCUUCCCGUGAGCGCUGACCAGCUCGGGUUCGUCAUCCGUGCCGAGCUCGUCGACCGGGAGAGCGCCGGCGCCGGCCAGAACGUGCGCGUGGCCGUACACGCCAACACCGGCGAGGAGAUGCAGAGGUUCGUGCUGUCGGCGGAGAGGCCCUUCGUGGAGCCGGGGUCCGUGCCGGGGCUGCACGAGGAGUUCUCUCUCGACCGGGAGGCCGACUCCGCUACCCACGCGGUCGUUCGCUUACACGGUUUCCAUAUUACACAGCCGCCUGACAUGAACAGCAGCGACGAGCUCGAUAUGAGCAGCCUCGGCGACGAAGAGCUGGUACAGAUGGAGUACGUCCCCGAGGGCCGGUUUCUUGGAGGCCCGGUGCCGUGGUUUGCCGCCGCAGGGUGCACGGCCGGCUGCAUGCGGGUCGCCGCCGUGGAGGACCGAGAAGAAGCCGACAGCAAGCAGAUCCUGGUGCUCUACCGCUACACCACUUUCUCGGCCUCAUCGGAGGGCGUGGUAGCGCGAGGGAGAACCAGGGCGCACCUGCUCCGGUUCAUCGCCACGGGCGACCACACGGCGAGGUCGCUGGCGUGGGCCGGAUCAUCUCUGGUCCGGCUGAUAUACCCCAGUCACUUCAGCGAGCAGCUCCAGGAGCUAUGGUCGAGCCUGGCGUCGCAGGUGAGCGUGCUGCCGCGCGCCGCGCGCGUCGAGGUGUUCGUCGACGUCGGCAUCCUCCGGAGGUCGGACUGCACGCCGGAGCGCGUGGACCGGAUGCGCACCGCGCUGGAGCACAUGGCGGAGGAGCCGUGGCCCGGACGCUUCACCGGCAUGGAGAUGCACCUGCCGGUGCCGAUGCGGUGCGGCCAUGACAAAGACGAAGCCCCCAUCGACGACACGGACGCCGGUGAACGGCCAGCGAAGCGGAGGAAGGUCUUCGCCGCCGGGGAGGAUUGCCCCAUCUGCUUGCAGCAGCUCAAGGGAGACGACCUCGCCGCGUGGCCGGGGUGCGGCAAGCCCCACGUCUUCCAUGGCGCGUGCUUGGAGCGCGUCCACGUGGAGAAUAAGACGUGCCCUAUGUGCAGGCACAAGCUAUACAUCGAGCCCAAACUCUAA